UUUCAUUUCUCUAGUUGUCUAGUUCGUCGUUCCUGUCCGACUUCGUUGCUUCGCGCAGGAGUCGCUUACUCUGCUACUUUGUUGCUGUUCGACUUCGCUUCUUCCACAACGUUCCCUUCCUGUCGGAUGGGAAGUCACGACAUCCUAGGGUCUCGCUCGCUGUGAAGGAUGUACUGAAUCCGGGAUUGACGGUCCAAAGGGGGAGACGGAGGAUUUAUUCCUGAGCGAGAUUUAGCGGCGCUCAAAUACCGUUUGGCAUAUGCCAAAUACUACUCAAAAUCGGCAUAAAUCCUGCAUCCAAACAUCCCCUAAAAGCUCUGCAGCUUGAAGCAUUUUCAUCGGCCUCGUCUUAGUAAAGCCAGCAGUUUCAGACUCUUCUUCGAAGAUGCCUAAACAUUACAGGCCUCCCGGGAAAAAGAAGGAGGGAACUGCCGCCACGUUUAUCACGAGGACGAAGGCAGUGCGCAAUCUUCAAGUCACUCUUCCCCACUUCAGGAAAUUGUGUAUUCUUAAGGGGGUUUUCCCUCGAGAGCCAAAAAAGAAGAUACAUGGCAGCGAAAAAACUUACUAUCACGUGAAGGAUAUCAACUUCCUUAUGCAUGAGCCCCUACGCGGGAAGCUAUGGGAUAUAAAAGCUUACAAGAAGAAAAUUAAGAAGGCUCGGGGAAAGAAGAACAAAGAUAUGGUUGAACGACUACUUGAUCGCCAACCAACAUAUAAACUUGAUAGACUAGUAUUAGAAAGGUAUCCUACUUUUGUUGAUGCUCUUCGAGAUCUAGAUGAUUGCCUUACUAUGGUGCAUCUUUUUGCGACAUUGCCUGCAAUGGAGAGUGAGCACAUUCAAGUUGAUCGUAUUCAUAAUUGUCGAAGGUUAAGCCAUGAGUGGCAAGCGUACAUUUCGAGAACUCACUCAUUACGGAGGACUUUUAUAUCUGUGAAAGGCAUAUAUUACCAGGCAGAGGUUGAAGGACAAAAAAUCACAUGGUUGACACCACAUGCUUUACAGCAAGUUGUGACUGAUGAUGUUGACUUUAAUGUUAUGCUUACAUUUUUGGAGUUCUAUGAGACUCUUUUAGGUUUUGUGAAUUUCAAGCUUUAUCAUUCAAUAAAUGUUAAAUAUCCUCCUAUUCUCGAUCCUCGCCUCGAAGCUUUGGCAGAUGAGCUUUAUGCCUUGUGCCGGUAUAUUGCUACUGGUUCGAGAACAUUAUCCGGAAAUUCCCAAUCUGGCAUAUCAUCAGAGUCGGAGCAAACCGGUAACAAGAAGAUGAAUUCAGAAAGUGAAGAGUCAGAAGUUAGAUUAGCCCAGCUUCAGCAUCAAUUACCAGCAAAUGAACGUGGGGCUUUGAUGAAUAUGAUGGAGGAUGUAAAUGGCGCUGAUGAGGAGGACCAAGAUACAAAGGAGUGCAAGUCCCUUUUCAAAGAUUUUAAAUUCUUCUUAAGCCGAGAGGUUCCCAGAGAGUCGUUGCUUUUCAUAAUUCCUGCAUUUGGAGGUUUGGUUUCAUGGGAGGGUGAUGGUGCUCCUUUUAAGGAAACAGAUGAGGACGUCACACAUCAGAUUGUUGAUAGACCAUCUCUUGGUCGUAAGUUUCUUUCUAGAGAAUAUGUUCAACCACAAUGGAUCUUUGAUUGCAUAAAUGCCCGAAUAAUACUGCCCACCGAGCAAUAUUUAUUGGGAAGAGUCCCUCCACCACAUUUGUCACCAUUUGUGGACAAUGAGGCUGAAGGAUAUGUUCCUGAAUAUGCCGAGACAAUAAAACGUCUACAGGCUGCCGCCAGAAGACAAGUUUUGCCUUUUCCAGGCUUGGAUCCUAUGGAUUUCUCUGAUCCCGGAAGCCUUUUGGCUGAAGGAAUUAUUGAUCGUGCGGAAGCUAAUGAAGCUGCUGAGCAGCGACAGAAGUUGUUGAAGCUUGAGCAGCAGUACCAUGAUGAGCUGAAAAUGGAGCUUCAGGGUGUCACUUUCUCUGCUGUGGCAUCUAAAGGAAACUCACAAAUCCCUCCUGCUGAAGAUGUAGAGGUUGAGGAAGGUGCAAGCAUGGCGCUGCUGGAUCAGGUUGCCGAAGAUGAACUAAAUCUUUCCAAGGUUUCUAUGUCUCGCAGACAGAGAGGCCUUAUGGAAGCAAUACAGAUUGGCAAAGAAAGGAAAAGGAACAAGAUUGAACUUCUCAAGAAAAGAAGGAAAAAUUCAGAAGCAAACAGGAAAGGAUGAUGGUAAGAGGAUCAAAUACUGCAGGCUCUAUUAGCCUUUUUGCUUUGGCUUCCAUUGAUUUUUUUUUUAUGCCAGUGAGGAAAAUGAAU